AUGACAACACCAACAUAUAAUCAUCUAUUAUGCAUAGGACUCAUAUUCUUACAAUGUUUCAGCUCUGGCUUUGGUCGCAACCUACAAGACAAGCUCGGUGCCACUCAGUAUACACCCAAGCAUGUCGAAGUAACCGCUCCAGUUACAAAUUCCGGACCUAAAGACAUUUUAAGUAGUAUUGGUUUGGGAGAGGUUAUAAGUGAAGAGAUGCAUCACAUUCACAUAGGAACUGAUCCAGAUUCGAGUCUCCGAAAUAAACAAGACAGUUUAAACUAUGAGCGCCUAUCGAAGACUAUAAGGGGUACCGUUUCAAUCACAUUCUCAUUUCCUUUCAUCAAAAUUCCUUUUUCAGAUAAAGUUUCUACGGUGGCCACCAUAAACAAACUCAAUGAAGAUAAGCUUGAAGGCAUUGUCAUUACUCCAACGAAUACUCAUCAUGAAUUUGGUCUUUCCCUGCAAAAACCAGUCCUGAGUACCCAAUAUUGA